GAUAGACGCCAAGAUAUAAAUUAGGACCGGGGCUGUACAUACGCAUCGCCCUUUCUUCCUUCCCACUACCACCACCACAGAUAUGCCUCGCAUUUUCAACAUCGACCAAUUGAUUCAGGGAGCCAAGCUUGCUGCUGCUGCAGGCGAGAUGGUUCCAUUCCCGUAUGUCAAAGGUGCUGCGCAAUGCGCAGUGAUUAUUCUGGAGGCAAUUGAGAAAGCUGGAAAGAAUGACAACGACCUUCAGGAACUGGCGGAAGAUAUCGGGGCGACUAUGUGCAUCGUUAAAGAAACCAUCGAGGCACACGGGGUUGCAAGUGCGACGCAUUUUCAUGAUGUGUGCGCGGAAUUCCAGACAUAUCUCGAGAAUUUACUUUCGAAGCUUAACACCACACAACAUAACCUGGAGGGAAGACGGUUUAAACGCUUCCUCAAAGCCCUGAAGGCAAAGAGCGUUUCAGAUACUAUCGAUGGGUACAAGCAACGGAUGAACAAGAUCAAGUCGGAUUACAUUGUUUCCGGUAUUACUAACUUGCAGUUAGGGAUGCCUGAGGUGCGAGAUGAUUUGAGCACCAGAAUCACUGAGGCUACGGAGACGUCACGUUUACGGAUCACAUCCACCAUUGAAUCUCGAUCUGAUCACAUCGUAGGUGAGAUACAGAAUCUGCGAGCCAUUCAAAGUGAGCAGAUGUCUCAGAUCUGUAUGAAACUUCAGGAUAGGAAUGGAUAUUAUAAAGGAGAGGUCCGAGAUCUUGCUCCAGGGGAUAUUAACCUCAUCAAGUUGUUUUGUCCAUGGUGUCAUGCUGUCCAUUGCCAGGACAUGCGUCAUUGCCAGGACAUGCGUCAUUGCUGGGCAGCUAGUCAUUACCAGUCCAUUCAUGAUCACCAGGAUGGCCACUGCGAAGUCAAGAACAGUAAUAAAAUUAAGUUAAUUCGCAUAUACCAGCCAUCAACUGAUAACAGCAGAGACAUAAUACAAAAACUUGAUCAUGAUAUUAAUCUCUUCAUCAAACCCAAGCAUCCAAAUAUUGCCCAAGUCUUUGGUGUAUGUAGGUCACUAAAUCUUCCAGCAAUUAUAUUCCAUGGUGCAAUGCGAGUCUCUGUCUAUGAAUAUUUGAGAAGUAUGAUAUCUGCAAAGGAUAUCAUACCAUUCUAUGUUGAAUUUCUUCAUGAUAUGGAGGUAUACCAUACAUCUCUGUGGAUACCUGAAUACUCAUUCUUUAAGUCACUCUCAGAUCAUUUGAAAAGGUACUAUCCAUCUUGCAAACCAGAAAGCAAAGCAGAUGAAACUGACACCUACAUCAAUGAACAUGGAAAACUUGUUAUUGCAACAAUAUCUGAAAGCUACUUCCUAGGAUUUCCAAUCAGCUCCUCAAUUGAUUAUGUGGCACUUCGCUAUCAAAUCUUUGUUACCAUUGGUUAUUGUAUAAGGGCCUACUCAUCAUUACAGAAGAGGGAUAUAUUGCCUCUCUAUCAGAUUCUCUGGGACUAUGCUUUCCAAUCUCAGAUCAUUUAUCCAAGUCAGGAAUGUCAACCUUAUGCACCAGGUAGUAUAUUAGCCUUGCAUGGACAGACUUUGGUUGGGAGAAUCCAGAGUAGAUUGGAUGAAUGGGUCAUAGAGUGGUGGCCUUCUUAUGAGUGCACUGUGGAGAGAUUUAGUUUAUCAUUGAAGGACAGUGAAUCAAUCACUGUGGAUCCUUUUACUCCUCUGAAGGAAGAAAACACUAUUCCUUUAUUAUAUCCUGGGACAAAGUCAUAUCAUAUUACAGUCUACCCACAUUCAAGCCUUGAGAUCUCAUAUUCAUGGAUUGCACAGGCUUCCUACCUUCACUCCAGAUAUUGUGUAGAUGAUGAUGAGGAGGACCUAGAUCUGAUAAAUGGAGCCUUUUGCAUUAGCCUCAUUCCAGAGGAUAAGCAUAACUGUUGCUUUUGUCUUAGUAAUACAUUUAUGGCAGAAGAGCCACAUACACUCUCAUUAUUAAUAAGGCCUCCCAUCAUCAAUAAUCAGACCAACAAAAUAUCCUGGCCUGUCCUCUCUUGGCUCUAUGACACAGAUUUGGAAAUUUCACAAAAGGAAGCAGAGGAACAGUUUAAUUUCAAGGCUGAAUUUAUCUAUCAUACACAACAGUUGAGUGCAUCAGUGCUAACAGCUAUACCAGAGUUGAAUGCAGAGUAUGGAUUCAAUCCUGCAUGUAGAGGUAGAGAUAUAUGUGAGCAUUAUGGACUGCCAUUUAUGGAGAUCAUUGACAUGUCUUCACCUGUGGAAGAAUUGAUGACAAGUGAUGUUGUAUCUGAUGCUUUUGCACCUGUGUCAAUCAUUUCAGAUGGCACAUAUCAGAUCUUGCAUGAAGAGGCCAGUUCUCCACAGGGAAAUGAUGUAGAUGCAGCCAUGGGGACAGUCAAGGAAGUGCAUGUUGAUGAAGCACUGACCAAGGUGGAAAUCACUACUGUCUUGCAGCAGGACAGGCAAUACAGCUGCUCAGAGUUAUUCAUCAUGAUCUUAGUAACUGCUAUCAGCACUCUUCUGCUGUCCUUCAUUGUUCAGGCUUACUUACAAUAGAUGUGUAUAUAUAAUACCUAGAUACUUUGUUCUUACUGUUGAUAAUGAG